AUAUACUGAGCGAAUUUUUACGCGGAAAAACAGGAGUGUUAUUGUGUCAACAGUUUGUUUCUUAUCGGGUGGAUAACUUUUAGUGGAAUUACACAUGGAAGCUAACUACAGAAGAGGAGCGAAGACAAGGUUGCGGUUAUCUAUUCGCAGGAAGAAAUCCAAUAAUAUCUAUAAAUACAAUGCGGCUCGUGCUGGUGGGCUUCCUUGUUCGACCAAAAAUAUUUUGCCAACAUCUAGAACUACGGAAAAGGAAAGUAUUCUGCCAAAUGUAGAAAUCAUUGCCAAUAUUACCGAAUCUUCACCUGAAUCCCCAGAGAUAGAAAAAAGGAAAACGGUAGAGAACAAUGAUGACCGUCUUGACGUAUGCCAAGUGACGAAUGGUGCUCACAUUGAACACUUGUAGGCUAUUAUGUAAAACUGUUUGAGUUUCUCUUUCAUUUGAACAUUUGACAAUUGUGGCUGUAAGUUUGAUGUAUUAAAUAUUAUAACAUGUUAAAACCCCUCUAUUCAUUUUGAAACACGCUGUA